ACAUAACCAUGUUAGCAUGUUCUUAUUCUUAAAUUAAUGUUUUUAAUUUAGCUGCUUAGUUUAAUUAAAAAAAUGGCUCAGUUUAUUUUUAAUAAAACAUUACAAGAGUUAAUAGUGGCUGCAGAUCAAAAACUUGUUAUUUUAGAUUACCUGACACAGAAAAUCAAACAUGUUGUUGUGCUUCCUACGAAUCUUGCUGAAUUAAUAUCGGAUUUUAAAAUAGCAGAUAUUGCAUAUGAUGAAGAAGAACAAGGUAGUCAAGACAAAUUAAAAAAUUCCCAAAAUUUAAAAAUAGCAAUACAAAAUGUUGCAUUAGCUCCAAACGGUAAAACAUUAGCCGUAUCAACAAGUGGAAUAAAAACUUUAAUACUGUUUACAAAAGUUGAUGAAUUUAAAUGGGAAAUAUUGUCUGUAAGGAAAUCUAACAGAGCAUCUAGCGCUCUAACAUUUUCUCCAGAUUCCAAAUUAAUUUUAUUAUGUGACAAGUCCGGCGACUGUUUUUUAUAUACUUGUGACAUUAACCCACCAAAAUGGAUACUUGGUCAUUUGAGUAGUAUAUAUGAUGUUAAAUUUUCAUUCGAUGGAAAAUAUAUAUUAACCGCAGACCGUGACGAAAAAAUACGUGUAACAAAUUAUCCAAAUUCAUAUGAAAUAGAAAGUUAUUGUUUAGGACAUAAAGAAUAUGUUUGUUCAAUUGAAAUAUUAGAAAAUCAUCCUAAUAUAUUAGUUUCUUUUUCUGGUGAUAAAACUUUCAGACUUUGGAAAUGGAGAGAAGGGUUGCAGCUCGUUAAAGAAGAAUUACCGGCUCCUGGUGUUAAAAUGGUUGUUAGAACCGUCACCAGUAAUUUAUAUGAACUAGCUUUUUUAAUUUUUCAACCAAAUGAUUGUUUAUUCACAUACACUUUAGAAAUUAAAGAUUACGAAACAAUAAAUAUUACAAAAAACAAGUGCAUCUCUGUACAGGAAUUAAUAAUUACAAAUAUUAAUUAUAUUGAGGGUGCAUUAUUGGCAAGUGUUUUUCAAAAUAAUAAACUUGGAAUUAUGUUAUUUAACACAGAUUCGAGUUCAGAUUUAGACAAAUUUCAAAAUUUAAAAAUGAAUAUUGAAACAGAAUUUCAGAGUUCGACUUUAACUGAACCGGAAGAUAUAUCAAGUUGGUUUAAAAAGAAAUUUGACAAUGUUUCGGAUUACCUACAAAGGAAACGACAAAGGCUUGAAAGUAAAAAAAAUAAAAAAACUUACAAUUGAAUUUAAAAAUAAUUAUUCAAGUUGUAUAUAUAUAAAUAUAAAAGAAACAAAAUAAAUUUGUUUUUAUAUACUUUA